AUACCGUGGUAUUGACGAUCGUUUCGACCUGUUGUAUGAUGAUCAUCAGUCUGAUCGUCACUACCAAACAAACCCAAACAACAGACAGAGCUUCUGUCGUCUUUGAAGGUGAUGAUCGGCCGACCUGUGGAGAUCAGACUGGACCAGAUGUUGGAUCUGAUGGACCAGUGCUAUCUGCUGGGAACACCGUCAAUGCUGAGAAGGCAAUCGAUAGAGCUACUAGAGGUUCUGGCCCCAACCCCAGUACGCUGCUCAGUGGUAUUCUCCCAGGAACCAAAUGGUGCGGUUCGGGCGACAUUGCUGAGACGUAUUACGACCUGGGAACAGAGACGGACAUAGACAAGUGCUGUCGGAAUCACGACAUCUGUCCGUCAAAAGUGCGACCGAAAACUGUCCGAUACAACAUGACUAACAACUCGCCUUACACAAAGUGAGUCAA